AAUGAGUGUAGGACCAGGAAGUUCCGCCGGCUUUCAGCAUGGAGGCGUCCACGGAGGGUGAUUUCUGAAGGAGACUAAUUUCUUUGUACGUUCGUCAGCAUAAAUUUUCUGUUUCCUGAAAGUCAGUGUGAUGGCUCAACCAUGAAGUGUGCCCGCUGCCUCCUCCAGCUGCAGUGUCUCAGACUGCUGGGCCAGUCAGCCAGGUCUGCUGCCCAGUAUGGUGCCCUGCUCCAGUCAACUUCCUCCAGUCAGCCUAACAUGCUGCAUAACACCCAGCACCAGGUGUUGAGGCGUUUCCACGGCAGCCCAGCAUGUGCCAAGGAUCGACCUGUACCUGCAGAGUUCAUGAAUGAGGAUGACAAGAAGAAGGACAGGUCUUUGGUGAUCCAUGAUGACCUGUUUGAGCAGGUGGCCAAAGGGGCCAAAACCAAGGCCACAUUUAACAAAGUGGUGGACGUGUUCCUCAAGAGAGACGUGCGACGGCGGGGUCACGUGGAGUUUAUUUAUGCUGCUUUGAGGAAGAUGCCAGAGUUCGGUGUGGAGAAAGACCUGGCUGUCUACAACAAGCUGCUGGAUGUUUUCCCCAAAGAGGUGUUUGUGCCCAGAAACUUUAUCCAGCGGAUGUUCAAUCACUAUCCCCGACAGCAGGAGUGUGGAGUGCAGAUACUGGAGCAGAUGGAGAACUAUGGUAUCAUGCCCAACGUGGAGACCAAAGUCCUGCUGGUCCAGAUCUUUGGAGAGAAGGGCCACCCAAUGAGGAAGUACCAGCGCAUCAUGUACUGGUUCCCCAAAUUCAAACACAUAAAUCCCUUCCCCGUCCCCCACCAGCUGCCUGAGGACCCGGUGGACUUGGCUCGCUUCAGCCUGAAACGCAUCGCAAGUGACCUGGAUGCUCAAGUCACCGUCUACCAGCUGCCCUGCACAGACAUCACAGAGAGUGGAGAGGAGAUCACUCUGCCAUACAUAGUAGGUAUCCAAAGCCCCAGCCAGAUGGAGCUGCUGGCCAAACAUAACCCGAGCAGGCCCGUGUUUGUAGAAGGCCCCUUCCCUCUGUGGUUGAGGAAGACGUGUGUGUACUACUACAUCCUCAGAGCUGACCCAGUACCGGCUGAGGAAAAGGUCGAGGAGCCCUAUGAUCCAGAGAGGUGUUUUGACUAUCCUCUACAGCUAGACCUGGAUUUAGACGUGGACCUUGGAGAUGACGAGAGCUUCGAUGUGGAAGACUUGGAUGAGGGUCCAGUCUUUGCCAUGUGUAUGACCAGCCAGGGAGACCAGGCCGUUCUCAACCAAUGGAUCUCUGGCCUCCAGGAGAACAAUCCCAUCUUGGGUCAGGUCCCCACUCUGUUCCGCCUGGACGCCGGGCCCAAGCAGCUGCAGGCUGCGGUUGACACAGAGUCAGCUCACCACCACAAGACAGAGCCAGAGAGCCAGAGAGAGGAGAGACAGCCUGAAGAAGAACCUGAAGUAACAGUGGAGGAAGAGCCGAGGAGAAGUCAGAGGAUGAAAUAGUGAACUGCUGUGUGGUAAAGACUGACAGAGACAUAAUGACAUCCUGUAUAAGUCUAAUUUUCUAAUUUAUAGGUAUAUGUCCAUGCUGGGUAGGGGCUGGACUAAUAGGAGCUAAUGGUUCAUUUCAGCUAGGGAACACACCACCUGAGCAAAACCUACAGAGGACUCAUUAUGCUGGUAAUGAUCAGUAAUAAAUUAAAUGGAAAAAA